AAUACCUACACUAAUUUAUUUUGAUCUAACCGACUAACAUGUUGAAAGCUAUGAUUGUAAAACUCUGCGUCAUUGCUUUGUUGUUGGGAGUAAUUUAUACAUUCGACGUGGCAAUAGAAAGGGUUCAAAUAACACAUGUUGACGAUAUCUACAUUUCAAAUGUGUCAGCGAUUGUGAGAAGAUAUUCCCGGAAAAGUAAACCAGCUCUUAAUAUUUACGCCAGUGUGCUGCGCACGUGGGACAAUAGAAUAUCGGCGGACAUUUCUGUCGAAGAAUUUCUACACAAUGAAUAUAGACCAACAUUUGUCGUAUUGAAGUUCAAAGUAUGUGAUUUAUUUGCAUCUCCAUUUUUUACUUUUAGAAAAGAACACGGUUUGGAAUGUCCACUACAACCUAAAUUUUAUGAAGUCACAAAUAUAACAAUAAACUCCAAUACUUUACCAAGUGUCUUCCCGAUGGAUCAAGGCAGAGCACUAGCCUCAAUAUAUGUUACAGCAACCAAGCAUCCUAUUCUAAAAGUAUACAUAUAUGAACGGGCACAACGCGGUAAAGGGCGACAUGCGAAAAUCGAGGAUCUAGAAUCCCUGGUGUGGACCCCUAACAGUCCAGCUGAACCUGAAGAGAUAUGA